GAGAUUUUGAUUUUUUAAUAUCCAACUCGAGGGCGACGCCAGCCAAUGCCUUCCCUUGUGUAGAGAUUCAUUAUCCCCAGAACUUAUUCGUCGUCAAAGUACUUUAGCCGCUUGCUAUCCAAGGGAGCUUUGCAUCUUCGUCUCUGAGUAUCUCCAAUCUCUUUAGAUUCCGAAGAUAAAGGGACUGGAAGAGCGUCUUGCACUUGCUGCUCCGCGAAUAUGCCGCCUUCUUCAGUUUCUAAUUUCGAUGAAGGUCCUCUUCCUAAAUCUGACUCCAACAUAGUCACCAUUAAUGUAGGUGGCCAAUUCUUUCAAACCACAAAGCAGACUCUCAAUUCUGCUGGCCCCAAGUCCUUGUUCGCCAAAAUCGCCGAAUUUCAAUCCCCUGACCCCUUCAUCGACAGAGAUCCUGAGUUGUUCGCCGUCCUCCUUUCCCUUCUCCGAACAGGUAAUCUUCCUUCCAAAGCCAAGGCAUACGAUCUUCAAGAUCUGAUUUCUGAGUCUCAAUUUUACGGCAUCGAGCACACACUCAGGAACACCCUAUCCGGCCCUUCUCAAUUCGAGCCCUUCAACCUCCAGAAAUCGAUUAUUUUACCUCUUAAUGGACGAGAUACCCCCUCCGCCAUCGCCGCCUCAAGGUUCGGCUCAGUUCAUGUGGCGCAUGGCAGUAAGAUAACAUCCUUUGAUUGGUCCCUUCGUCGCAAGUCCACUUUUUUGACUCAAUUCAUGGCCGUCGAUUCUCUAUUAACCGUCUCCGAUUCAGUGGUAGCUGCUGGUGCCCAUGACUACUCGGGGUUGCAAAUUAUUGAUUUGAAAAGGAAAGUAAUCCAAACGGCCUUAGACUGGGAGAACGUGACCAGGUCUGGUUCAACAGUCCUAGCGAUUGGAUCUUCGCCGGAGCACCUAUUUGCGAGUUUCGAAUCAGGUCGACGCAAUUCAAAUGCUAUAGUGGUAUAUGAUUUAAAUACUUUUAGCCCGGUUACAGAAAUUGCUCACAAUGAGAUUUUUGGUGCCGAUAUCGAUUCCGCGAUCCCAGCAACGAAACUGAAAUGGGCGUCGGGUUACAACUUGCUCAUGGCAUCUGGGUCCCAUAGUGGUCCUUCCGGUGUAUCUGGCAACAUAAGAUUAUGGGAUGUGAGGUCAGGGAGUGUUGUUUGGGAGAUGAACGAGAAGAUAGAUUGUUUUGCCGAUGUGACAGUUUCAGAUAACUUGUCAGUAAUCUUCAAGGUUGGGGUACAUUCUGGGGAGGCAUUUUUUGUGGAUAUGCGUAAUUUGAGUUCUGGGAAUUCCUGGGUUUGUCUUGGUGACAAUAAAAAAGUGUUAAAUGGGAAGAAGGAAGGCAUAGGAUGCAAGGUUGAAGAUCAAGGGAAUCAGGUUUUCUGCAGCAAGGGAGGAGACAUAGAAAUGUGGUCAGAGGUUAUAAUGGGCUCUGCAAAGAAAGGGGAGGAUAAGUUAGAUAAUAGGAUAUUCAAGAAGAACUUGAUGGGCAGAGUGAAAGACACUGGCGGUUCUAAGAUCACUAAUUUGGCCUUUGGAGGGAAUAAGAUGUUCUUGACGAGGAAGGAUCAGCAAUUUGUCGAGGUUUGGCAGAGUUCUACUGUGGAACUUUAAUCUACUAGUGAUAGGAUUAAUGGGUUAGCCUGUCGUAGUGUAAAUAUCGUUUCCUUUAGAUGUCGCCCUGUAUAUAUGUGUGCUUUUUCACCCUAGGUCCUUAAAUACAGCCUUCUCUGAGUUAUGAAAUUGAAUUGAUUCAUCUCAAUCUUAUUGUUGAAAAUUGCAUUCUCUUCAAAA